AUGAUUUCAAUACGAUACGCUGUUCGCACAGCACCUCGAUCUCUCUUCCGCUCCUCUGCCUCAUCCUCGCUGCGUCCCCUUUCCUGUGUCUCAAAGCCCUGCUUUCUGCAGUCAUCAUGGACGCCUGUGCAAAGACAGUCCCAUCCCGCAUUCUCGACUUCCAUAUCAAAAAGAGAACCAGCUGGUGAAUUUGAUCAAGAGCUUUCCGCAAAGCUUGAAAAUGAGCUGUCUUUGGAGAAGGAAACUCGAGACUCAAAACAACUGCCUCCAGGCGUACAGGAGUUUCUCGACAAUUCUUCUUUCGAGCUUAAAGACAUUCCUGGAAAUGAAGAGGUCAUUUUGACAAAGAAGUUUGGCGAUGAAACCGUCAAGGUCAAAUUUUCGAUCGCCGACAUGAACUACGAGCAAGAUGGGGACCAGGAGGAUGGAGAAAAUGCCCUCGAAGACGAGGAUUUAUUCGACGACACGACACCACAGAGAGGCGGUGCACAGUCCAAGGGAACUGUCAACCAGGGUCGAACUCCAGACGGGAAUAUCAACGUAGCGCCAGAAGAUAGCGUCGCGCCCGCUGACCGGCCUGAAUUGGCUGAUAGCGAGGAUGCAGGCGCUGGCGAGCAAGCACAGAGUCCAGCUUACCCAGCUGCCGUGCAUGUUACCAUCUCGAAGCCAGGCAAGGGAGCAGUUCAGAUCGUGACGAGCGCGCAAGACGGCCUUAUCAUUAUUGAGAAUGUCUACUACUAUCCGAAAGCUGAGAUUGCGGAAGCUGAAACGCCUGAAAGUGAUUUCGCGCGUGCCAACAUCUACGCUGGACCACCGUUUCAAAAUCUUGAUCCCGAGUUGCAGAGCAUGCUCGAAAGAUAUCUUGACGAGAGAGGAAUCAAUGAGCAAUUGGCAAGCUUUGUGCCCGAUUAUGUUGAUCACAAAGAGCAGCGGGAAUACGUCCAAUGGCUUGAGAAUAUGAAACGGUUUGUCGAUGCUUAG